AUGUCUAAUCCUGGGAAAAUUCACUGGUUAGCUAUGAAGUGGUUAAUCAGAUUCCUAAUUGGAUCUAACAAGGUGGGAUUAGUCUAUAAGCAGCAACAAGCAAGUACUACAAUAGAGGGAUACAAUGAUGCUGACUAUGCAGGCGAUAGGGACAGUCGAAAGUCUACAUCUGCCUAUAUGUUCUUAAUGGGAGGAAACUGUGUUAGCUCAAAAGUUCAACUAAAACCUGUUGUGGCACUAUCAACUACAGAAUCAAAGUACAUAGCAACUACUGAAGCAAUAAAUGAAGUUGUUUACUGA